AUGGAUGAGCCCGAGGAGUUCUUUCGAAAAGGGGGGAAACAGCCAAAGUAUACAGAUCCUGAUAAAUUUAGUCUUGAGAUUCAUCAUGGAGGCAAACUGAUUAAAGGGGGAGGCAUUGAUGAAUAUGUAGGAGGAGAGGUUGUGUUUCUUGACCACGUAGAUGGAGAUAAAAUGUCAUGGAUUGAGCUUGUGAGGAUUGUAGAACAAUUAGGAUGUGAAAGGAAUGAAUUAGUAAUGAUAUUAAUAACGUUGUCUAAAAUUCACAACAUUACAGCUACAAUUCAGAGGGAUUUUGGGUUGGAACCUUCUUCCCAGCAAAUCUAUAGAGCUAGAAAGAAGGCAUGUACAUUGAACAAGUGUGAUUUUGUGGAUCAAUUCCACAAAUUGCAUGACUAUUGUGAGGAAUUGAAGAAAGCAAAUCCAGGAAGCACAGUGGUGCUUAAAACAAAGAUGGAUGGUGAUCAAAAAAGAUUUCAUAGGCUGUACAUAUGUUUGGAUGCUUGCAAGAGAGGGUUUAUAGAAGGAUGUAGGCCUCUAAUAGGUAUGGAUGGAGCUUUUAUUAAAGGACCACAUCCUGGACAAUUAUUGGCAGCAGUUGGAUCAGAUGGGAACAAUGGAAUGUUUCCUAUAGCUUAUGCAAUUGUGGAGAUUGAGAAUAAGGAAACUUGGGUAUGGUUCAUCCAACAUUUGAUAAGGGAUUUAAGGAUUGAAAAUGGUCAUGCUUACGCUUUUAUAUCAGACAAACAAAAAGGUUUAAGCAUUGCAAUUGCUGAGUUGAUACCCAAUGCAGAACAUAGACACUGCGUGAGGCAUUUCUACAACAACUUUAAGGGAUCACAUCCUGGAUUAACAUUGAAGCAAAUUUUGUGGGAUGCAGCUAGAGAAACAACAAUCCCUUGGUGGAAAUGUCAAAUGGAAAGGAUGAAGAUGGAAAGUGAAGCAGCUUGGAAGUGGUUGCAUCCAAAGCCAGCCCAACACUGGAGUAGAUCUCACUUUAAAACCCAUUAUAAGUGUGAUAUGUUGUUAAACAACCUGUGUGAGGCCUUUAAUUCUUCCAUAGUGAAGGCAAGGGACAAGCCAAUUCUUCAAAUGCUUGAGAGUAUAAGGACCAAUCUCAUGGUGAGAAUGGCAAAUAGGAGGGUUGCUGCAUUUAAAUGGAAAAAAUCAGUGGGACCAAGGAUUGAAAAAAUUGUUGAAAAAAACAAGGUUGAGUCUGGGUAUUGCAUUCCAAUAUUAUCUGGGGAUAUGAAGUACCAAGUGACAAAUAUGGAAGGGGGACAAUAUGCUGUAGAUCUUGGAACAAGAUCAUGCUCUUGUAUGAGAUGGGAUCUUUGUGGGAUCCCAUGUUCUCAUGCAAUCGCUUGCAUUAGUAGAAGAAGGCAAGACCCUUUUGACUAUGUAGAUGAAUGUUACAAAAAGGCUGCUUAUCUGAACAGUAGCCCUGGGAUCCCUAGAGGUAAUAAGCCCGAGAACCCUGGAGGCAAUAGGCUUGGGAUCCCUGGUGGCACUAGGCCUGGGAUCGUUGGCAAGGUCAAGGGUGGUGGUGAUAGUGACACAUCUGCCAGCACGAUUACAGUACAUGCUGCCAUUAGCAGUAGUGAAAAUAUUGCUUGA